AUGACUAGACCAACAUCUCCACCUGCAGCGAAACGUAUAAAGCUUGAAGAACGAACGCCGACUCAUCUCGAUGUGGAACCGAACGAGAUCCAGGGAAAUGACUCCGAAGUUGCAGACAUAAAUGAAGAUGACGCUGUCGAGGACGAAGAAGACGAGAACAACUGCAGUAUAUGCCUGCACUCCGUCGUGGACCGAACUGUGAUACCCAAAUGCUCACAUGAAUUCUGUUUCGAGUGUUUGCUGAUGUGGGCAGAGCAAUCUCGACGAUGCCCACUUUGUUCGCAGGCUAUAGGAGACUACCUCAUACACUCUAUCAGAUCGCGGUAUGAUUAUCGCAAACAUUAUCUAUCUCCCUUACGGACAUCACCUCCCCCUUCUCGUCCAGCCCAAGCUACCAAUGCCGUUCUACGGACUACGAGGCAGAACGCUAGAAGAAGACGUGAACGCGAAUGGGGAACGCGUGUAAGAGAACACGAGGAGUUUGAUAAAUUGGAGCGGUCUAUCCUCAAGCGGAGAUGGAUAUACCAGCACGAUUUAUAUGCCAAGCAUGUUGCAUCAAAUUCCUACACGAAAUAUCGCCCAUAUCCUACUCCCUCGCAGUUCUCGAACUCUCAAGAACUCAUAUCUCGCACCACGAGCUUUCUAAGGCGAGAACUCCAAGUCUGGGAGGGCCUUGACGUCGAAUUCCUUACGAAUCUUAUCAUCUCCUUAAUGAAGGCAAUCGACAUACGUUCCGAAUCCGCGGUGAAGUUAAUUUCUGAGUUUCUGGACAUGGAUGAGCCAUAUACCCCGGGAGGAAGACACGUCAACGCUGAACAUUUCGCACAUGAGGUGUAUUGCUACGUCAGGUCUCCGUACCGAGACCUGUUCGUGUACGACACAGUGGUGCAGUAUGAUUUACCUGCGGGUGUGCCUCCUCCGCCGGACCUUGAGAGAAGCCGCAGAUGGCAUCCUUCUUCACCCCCACGCUCAACUGCAGGCCCUUCCCAGGAGAAUCGCACACAGCGCCUGCGCUCAAGGACCAGAUCAUCGGAGCGCGAGUGCUCCUGGUCUCCUUCUGGAAGACAAUAUCCUUCCACCAGAAAUAGGAUCACUUUCGAUACACCCGGGGCGUCAGCGAGCAAAUAUGCAGAGCAUGGUUCACAUAUCCGAACCAGAAAUGUGAAUCUCCAGGAUAAAGGACGUUCCAGUAUUUCUGAUGACGAGAUCUCGCAUGAUGGCGCGAACGAGACAUGGGAAAAAGAUGUUCCAAUUGCAUCGUCUUCCAAGAGCACUGUAUUUUCGUCAGCAGCAUCAUCCAGCAGAAAUGUCAAGCAUAUGCCAAUUGUUGGAGCGGACGAUUAUCGCACGAAGGGAAAGGGUAAAGCUGAUGCGAAGGAAUAUCCCAAGGCGGCGAUCGAACUCGCUAAUGACAUAUCCGAAUCCGCCAACACCCCCGACGCCGAAGAAAUAGACCAGGAUCUAGGCCAUGAUCCUCCGGAUGGAAAACAUAUGCCAAAUGACGUUUUUGAGGAUGUGGAUCCAAAGCCCGUCCCCAGUCGCCCCACCAGAACGCGUGCGCUCAGGCCUCCUCGUAACAGCUCUUUACGCGAUUCGGUAAAAGCACACCUCGCGAAGAACGCGGAAACUUGGACGGGCGCUGCAGAUAGCACAAAGGUGCAGCCGACGCGUCAACCUUCAACCAAUGAAACCGCUCCUCCUAUGAGCGCCUCAACGGAAUUCCCUCCCGCAUCAUUGGACCACACCGACAUUCCCCCAGCUUCAAAUACCCAGGCACAAUCUCUGUCAGUUGAGCGCCAAGCGGGGACACGUUUUGUGGAUAUCUCGCGUGCUGAUGCUCGGGGUUCAAACGCCAGCACGCGGGACACACGGGUGGGAAUUGGUCAUCCCAAAAUCUCCGAUCCAUUCCGCUCUUCAACAGAAAUUCCCCGCACCAACAUUGUCAGCGAUGCAAUGAGUGCUAGGCUGCCAACAAAUAUUGUGCAGGAGGACUCAGUGGAUCGUACAUUAGAGCCCAACGCCAGGAAUGACGCUGCAAAUUCACCUCUCAAGGUUAUCACUGAUGUUCACGGAGAGUCUUCGUCAUCAAAUAUCAACAGACCGCAGAAUUCAAACCACGGUAUGUGCGCAGCAGACACCAUCUCAUUGAAUGCAGCGGUCCCAUCAUCAAAGUUCUCUCCCAAGAUAUCUGGUGGGCGUAUCUCUCCGAUGGCAAACACCAAUCAUGGCCGCCACUCCACCUGUGCUGUCGACGGAUCCGUUCAGAGACUCGCAUCGUCUGACCACGCACAAAAAGUUCACCGCGAUCAUGACGUGCAGGCGGACCCUGAAAUUCCCGGAAUGGAAUACAUCCCCAUUAGGAAAGACGGUUGUACAAACACCGAUUCGAUCACACUCGUCAAUCAUUCGACAGUUCCACGCGCGAUAAAAACAACGCGCACGAGGCUACUGGCUCGCUUGGAAUUCGAGAAACAGCUGGCUGCUGGAUGCCCGGGGAUACAAGAUGAUACCGACCCUCGUGCUUUACGAGAUGGGAUGCCAGUGUCGUCGACUGCUGUUACUCCAGCUUCGUCAUCGUUUGACGCGUCUGCCGUGCACAUGGACGCGCCCUUGGGGGACAUAAGUGAUGCUCCACACCGCCCUGACGCUAGUGCACAGAGUCUAAAGGAUAAUAGCUACGCGAACACUGAUCCGGGUCCCGAGCACCCCGAAGAAGAAGCCAACGUACGAGAAGCAAGACUGCGAGCACGCAUUCAGCUGAGAGCUCGUCUUGCAGCAGAGAAACGGAAGGCAAGUGGGUAUUGA